AUGGCUCUCAACAUCCCUGGGGUGGUUGCAGUGGUGCUGUUCUACAUCCUGAUCCUGGGGACGGGAAUCUGGGCCGCCCGCAAGUCCAGGAGGGCUGAGAGGAAAAGCGAUGGAGACAGGACCGAGGUGGUGCUGCUCGGAGACAGGAACAUCAACCUGGUGGUCGGCGUGUUCACCAUGACCGCUACGUGGGUGGGAGGAGGUUUUAUUCUGGGUGUGGCUGAGGCGGUGUACACUCCCAAAAUGGGCCUGGUGUGGGCUCUGAUGCCGAUACAGUACACCGUGUCCUUCAUAAUAGGUGGUCUUUUCUUCGCCAAGCCGAUGAGGGACAAGAGGUACAUCACCAUGAUGGACCCGUUCCAGAUCAAGUACGGAAAACUCCUGAGCGGCGUUCUGGUGCUGCCGUCGGUGCUGGGCGAUGUGCUGUGGGUGUCCUGCACUCUGCUCGGUUUGGGAGCGACGAUGAGCGUGAUCCUGGACCUGCCGUACGCGUAUUCUGCGUGGCUGUCGGCGGCCGUGGCCAUCGUCUACACUCUGCUAGGAGGCCUUUACUCCGUCGCCUACACUGACGUCAUCCAGCUGUCGCUAGCAUUCAUCAGUCUGUGGCUGUGCGUCCCCUUCCUCAUGCUCAACAACGCGUCCAUCAGCAUCGCUCAGACUGCCUUCAACCACACCUUCCAGGAGCCCUGGGUCGGCUCUCUGGACCUGGACAGCGUCUGGAGGUGGAUCGACGACUUCUUGAUGCUGGGUCUCGGCAGUCUUGCGAUCCAGAGUUUCCACCAGAGGACGCUGUCGGCCUCCUCACCGCAAACAGCCCAGUGGACCUGCUACGCCGCCGCCGUCAUCAUCGCCAUCCUGGGGAUCCCUCCUGUGCUGGUCGGGGCCGUCGCCGCCUCCACAGACUGGAACCUGACGCAGUACGGGUUGCCGUCGCCGCACGGCCGCGAUGAGCACACUUUGAUUCUGCCGCUGGCCCUGCAGCACCUCACUCCCUCCUACAUCUCCAUCAUCGGGAUCGGAGCCGUGGCCGCCGCCGUCAUGUCGUCGACGGACUCGGCGCUGUUGUCGGCGACGUCUGUUUUCUCCUCCAACAUCUACAAGAACAUCCUGCGCACGAAGGCGUCGGACUGCGAGAUGCAGUGGGUGAUUCGGGUCUCGGUGGUGGUGGUGGGUCUGGUCGGCACUUCCAUAACGUUCUACACCAAAAGCACUCUGGUCCUCUGGAUUCUUGGCGCGGACAUUGCCUACACGCUCAUAUUUCCGCAUCUGGUUGCUGUGCUCUUCUUCAAAGUGACAAACGGUUACGGCGCCUUGGUGGGUUACGUCGUGGGGCUGACGAUGAGGGUUUUGGUGGGAGAAGGAGCCAUAGGGCUUCCUGUGGUUCUUCAGCUUCCUGGUUGCACGUUGGAGGAUGGCGUCUACGUCCAGAAGUCCCCCGUCAGGACGGUGUGCAUGCUCUGCACCAUGGCCACCGUCUUGGUUUUUUCCUGGUUGGCCGACUUCCUGUUCAACCGCGGCCUGUUGCCUGAGAGGUGCGACGUUUUUAAGGUGAAACGUGGCGACGCCGGCGCUGCAACGUCAGCAGAUGCCGUCACGCAGAAUCUCAAAGACGAAGCCGGAAGUGACGGCGACGGCGAUUGUGACGGACAAGGAGUUCCCUUACAGCCAAUUUCACAGACUGACAGAUAACUUUUCUUUCGUACCUUUGCUAUGCUGCUUUUCACUGUAAUUUAAAUAGCUGUGUAUAUUUACAGAAAUUGCAAAUUAAAGCUGCUUUUAAUUCAACCAA